UAUGCGCACGAUGAAGUUGUUGACGUUUUGAGGCGGCCCGCUUGGGGCCGGAGAUCAGUAUUUACAUCAAACCCUUCAAUCAAAUUGAAGAUUAUUCAUAGUUUUUCUUGGCUGUAACUCGUAUUGUUGAAUGAAAUAGCUAAAUUUUGUUAUCACUCUCAGAUCAAAACUAUUUAUACUUACUUAUUCUGUUGAUAAGAUACUUAUUAUUAUGGAGGCCCUUGGUCACAAAGGCUACCAAAAGUCUAUAUUAAGAGAUUGGCCCGGUGCAAUUUCUGUUUGGGAUGAAGCAAUUAAAAGUUACCCACGAGAAAAAAAGUUUUAUAACAAUAGGGCUCGUUGUUACUUUUUAAUGAAUGAUUUCAAAAGAGCUUUAGCAGAUGCUGAUUUUAUGACAAGUCACUUUCCAGAAUAUCCUCGUGGUCACUUUCGGCAAGGCGAGAUACUUGCUUCCAUGAAAAAAUUUAGAGAGGCAGAAAAAUGUUUUCGACGUGUCCUAGAACUCGACAACACAUGCUUGGAUGCUAUUAAUGAGCUUAAUGAGGUUCAAAUUCAGCAUUUAUGUAGUCUUGGAUUCAGCAGAUAUCAAGCUGGCAAUGCAUUAUCCAUGGCCAAAGAUUUUGAGGAGGCAAAAACCUUGUUACGGGAAGGUGCAUUCCCAGAUGAUGAUGGAGAAAUAUAUGAAUCGGAUGAAGAUACUGCUGUCCAAAAACCAGUUCAAGUUUAUGCAAUUCCUGGGCAUUAUGAUCCACUCGAAGACCCUGAUAAUCCCAAGAAGUGCUGUUCGAUUUGGGUUGGAAAUAUGAAAGAAAAAGUUAGUGAUGAUGAUCUUAAAAAAAUAUUUUCAAAGUAUGGAAAAGUAAAAAGUAUAAAAGCCGACUUCUCAAAAUUUUUUGUGUUUGUCAAUUAUGUAGAAUCCGAUGGUGCAUCCAAAGCUAUGCGACAUUUACAAGGACAAGACCUAUCUGGAAACAAAGGCAUUAAAAUACGUUAUCCAGAUCGAGUGAUGAAUAAGUAAAUUCAUCAUUUUGCUCUUUUUCCUAAUGGAGUGAAAAUGGGUAGAGACUUUUUUGCCAACAGUGUAUCUUCUUGUUGUACACAUCCAGCAAGGAAAAAACAUGGUGGCUAUAUCUUAGGUUCCUACUUGUCUUAAUGUUUUGUUCAGUAUGUAAUUCAUCUCAAGCGUUUUUUGUUCACCUCUUCAAAGGAAUUUUCAUUUUCUAUUUCCUGUUUUGUUAGGAACUUAGAUGGCAGAAUUGUAUUUCCAUUUAGAUCUGUAUUUCCUUGUAUUCUGAAUGUGUAUUAAGAGAUCUGAAAUUGAACUACAAGGCCUGUUCUGAUUCUCUUAUUUAGGGUAACGAAAUGAAUUGUUAUGCUUGUAUUUUGAUCUAUUUUUUUAUCAGUUUUAUUGUUGACAUGACAUUUAUCUCUUGAUUAGUGCCUUCUGAACACCUGUAAUUUACAUAUUUAUUUAUUAUUUAUACACCAGCGAUGUUAACUUAGUCAUAGUGAUGAAGCCCGUAGUUCAAUAAAUAAUUUAUACAGAUGCAA